AUGCUGAUUGAAGAUGUCGAAAUCGAAUCUCAGAGUGAAACGCGAAGAGAGUUUCGGAGGCGGUUGAGGUUCAAGAGGAUGCCUAAUCUGAUUCAAACAGAAGUGCUUAUUGUUCCAGAGACGGAUUCUAGUUUGAAUACUUUAUGUAUUGAAGAUGCAAAGUUUAUGCUGGAUCUUCGUGUUUUGGUUCACCCUUACUUGGCACCUAUGGUGACUAGUCUUUCAAUAAUAAGUGAAUCUAUAGAUGGACGGAUUCGAAAUGGGCUGAGACCGAAAGCUUUAUGCCUUGGGGUUGGAGGUGGGGCUUUACUAACUUUUCUGACAAUUCAAUUGGGUUUUGAGGUCAUCGGUGUCGAUAGUGAUAAGGAGGUUUUGAAGGUGGCCAAAAACUACUUUGGAUUGGAAGAGUCUGAAUUUAUCCAUGUUAUCCUUGGAGACGCGGUUAAAUAUAUGAAGAAACUAGCUUACCUUGGAGAACAACUAAGUAAGAAUUCUUUUGCUGGUUCUGAGCUUGAUGAUUUUGGUCACUUGGUGAAUGGUGAGGUAGCUCAUAAGUUUGAUGUUAUUAUGGUUGAUUUGGAUUCAAGCGUUGUAAGUGAUGGUAUAAGUUCUCCACCCUUGGAAUUUGUUAGAAAGCAUGUUCUACUUGCUGCAAAAUUUGUUCUGUCUGAAUUUGGAAUUCUUGCAAUUAAUGUUAUUUCUCCAAGUCAGUCAUUCUAUGACAACUUGGUAAAUCAUUUUCAGAAAGUUUUCCAUGAUCUGUACAAGAUAGAUGUGGGGAAUGGUGAAAAUUUUAUUCUUAUUGCCACAGUAUCACCUCAGGUGUUUUCUGUUGGGGAUUGUAGUAGCCCUUUUCUGUUGCAAUUGAAAUCAGUUAUUCCAAUAACAUACAUAAAUUCCAUUAGGAAGAUAUAA